UAAACUUGUGGUUUCUUGAGGUACAUGACAUGAGAAGCAAGCGUCUAAGCAAUAGUCUUUUGGCCUUUAAGGGAAAUGUCAUAAUCAUAAUGUCAUAAACACACACCAAAAUGUACAGCAAACAUACAUUUACACAUGUAAUUUUUAUGCAUAGGAAGUAGGUAGGUAUUUUUAGGUAGGACUGUCCCUAUACUUAGUCCAAAAUAUAAUUAAAGUACAGCCCCAAUACAGAAGUCAGAUUGCACUGAUUGACACCAGUGCCUCCCUCACAACAUAAACUCAUGAAGCACUCAUUGCAGAAAGUACUAGCCUGUUGAAAUGAGAGUAGUGCUUCCACAACACUUUUGAAUUUACAUGUUAGUCUUGAAUGCUGUGUGGUGUGUUGGUGUAUAUUUGGUGUAAUUCAGAUUGAGCUUUACUGUCCUGUCAUACAGUGCUGUUAACAUACAGUGCCAAGCAGCUUAUUAACCAUUUAGAAAGAGUUGGAAAGAUUUUCAAGCUGUAGAAAGCUUUUCUAAGUUUUUACAUUAUUGAGAGUAGAUCAUUAUUAUUUCAAUUAUCGUACAGCCAUUCUGACAAUUCUCAUUCCUUUGUGAAGAAAUGUGAAGUUGAAAUACUCACUAGUCUAAAACAAAACAAAAAUAAUUCAGAGGCCAAGUGACCAAGAAAAAGUGACAUUAGUUUCUGUGGUUUAAAAAAAAAAACAACAUACUUCUUUUGCAGUUGGUAAAAUUAUCACAAAAGCUACAUAAAUACAAACAAGCUAUUAAUGAAAAUGAGUUGACAGGGCCUUUAAGUGGUGUUUGGUAUUAGUUCUCAAGUCUCAAGUUAGUUCUAGCUUCUGCUACAUACCACUGAUUUACACAGAGCAAUACAUUCUCAUCAGACUCAUUGCUGUAGCUAUUAGCAGCCAUUUGCUUAAGUAAACCUCCAAAUCAUUCACAUUUCAGUUGUCAUUAAAUCUAACAUAAUUUACUGAUAAGCCCCACCCACAACCUGCCAGUCCCUCUUCUCUCUCUGUGUGUGUGUGUAAGUUCCUGAGAGCUCUUGAUCUAACUGUGGGUUGAGAAACUGACGCGAUUGACAGUAUAUAAGCAGCACACAACAUUACCUUUAAGCAUGCUGCUGAAAUGGACAGUGUGAACCUCUAUGUGAUACUGUUUGCCACAGGCUGUGUCUUGUCCGUGUGCAUGGCUUUAGAAUGUAACUGGAAGACACAGUAUGAAUACAAGGAGAGAUGCUGUGAAACCUGUCCUUCAGGACAAUUUCCCAUACAACAUUGCAGAGAUAACAUUCCAAGGGUAUGUCAGGAAUGCAAGGAAAAAAGUGACCACUGCUUCUGUACUAAUGAUUUAUGUGAAAAUGAUGAUUGUUCUAAAUGUUCACCCAGUCCACGGUGCAAACGAGGAGAAGAACUCAAGAGAACAGGUUUGUUUAAAUUUGGAUAUAGUUGUGAACUGUGUCCGAACCAAACAUACAGCGAUGAGGAGGGCAAAAUGUGUAAGCCUAUAUCGGACUGCAGAAAACUUGGCUUGUCUGUAUUAUUUCCUGGAAACAGGACUCACAACGCAAGAUGCGGUUGCCAAGUCAAUUAUCCUAAUGGUUUGGUGACUAAUAAUGGCAUGGUGGUGGGUUUAGCCAUCACUAGUUUGGUUUGCCUGGCACUGGUUAUUUAUCUCUGCAUUCAAAGGACCAGAGAACAGAGAACGAAGCUAAAAUACCAUCCAACCUCAAGUUCCCUGAAACUGCCCUCUGAUGAGAGUGGCUGCAAGCUAUCUAAAGAAGAAAUCGGUGAAGUGCAACCUUAAGGGUUUCAUCUACAUCAACUCAGAAACAGAUACACAGUCUGAAUAGUGAACCAAUGACUCUGAAGCUUUAGGUAGGAACUGUGGAAUGCGAGUAAACAGCAGCGGAUGGUUCCAUGGUACUAGUCCUUAAGCCCGACUUUUCACUCAUGGAUCUGCAAAGGGAAAAUGAACUUCUCAACGCACAUUCCUUCACAGUCUUCAACAAAUCCCUGAAGACUAUUCUAGUCUACUAGAACUAGAAUCUAAAGCUACUCUAACAACACUGAUGCAAAAAAAACACCUUUAUCUCUCCACUUGUGUGUUUAUGUUCUAUUUGCUUAUUUUUAUGUAAACCAGGUUACCUUGAACUUAGUCACACAAUUAGUAUGCAUCGUUAUAUGAUGGAAUAUAAUUGCAAAAAUUGACUGUUUUAUGAUGGAUGUUUGUAGCACUCUUACAUACUAGCACUUACCCCCAUUAUUGUGUUUAGUUUUCUUCGUACAGCUGUCUUGCACUUGUUUCUGGUUGGUGAAUAAUUUGUUCUGAUGCACUUUAUCACUGUGCAACUAAUUGAAUUAUACUGUCACUUACAUAUACUGAAUAAAAGUGUCUACCAAAUAAAUGUAUGCAAAUGUAACAUAAAUGUAGUAGUAGUAAUAAUAAUAAUAAUAAUAAUAAUAAUAAUAAUGUAUUACAUAAAUGUAAUGAAUGUAUUUAAACAGUAAAUGUAAUUAAACAUUGAUAAGUUGUACCUUUGUGUAAUUUAACCCAUUCAGUAAACUUUUUGUUAUUUAA